AUGUCCGGCAGAGCGAUUUGUGGUGAACACAAGCUACGAAGGUGGGUGCCGGAAAGAGAUCUCAACCGCGCGAGGGACAACAUACAUGACCUAGAGCAGAUGAUCAUGGAUACAAAGAAGGAAAUCGAUGAACUCAGAAAAACGAAGGAGACUCUAGAAGAGAACAAUAAAAAGCUCAAGGGUGUCAUCCGGCGACAGGAAGGAGAAGGAGCAUCGCGUGAGGUGAUCGAGAGUGCGGCUCUGCGAUUAAAGAACUGCCAAAAGUAUAGUGCUGAUCAAGGGCUAAAGCUGAAUAGGCUAAAGGACAAAAGAUAUGAGUUGGAAGCGAUAAAGAGGGAAUGGGAAUCUUGGAGAAGAGAUAUUGAGGAGGAAUGCAAUCGGAGAGCAGUCUUGGAAGCCCAGAUAAGGAACAAAGAGCCGCGGAGCUAUGAGAGCUGGAAGAAAAGCAGCAAUCAUUCAGCGAGGUAA